UCCCCGUUUCUUUAUAAUGCUGUCGCUCGCCGCUGUAGCAAGGGGCCCGACCCAUGCGGUGUGGCUUUGCCGGCUAGGCUCUGCGCUACGGACAGUCCUCGCAUGCUCCAUAGUGGGCUGCACCACCCUCUUCGGCCCACCUCCACUCCAGCGCCUGUUAGCCUUCCCGGCAUUCUCUUACGUGACGGCCGUGCUGAUCGUGUCCGACGCGAGGCUCGGGGACACGUUAAGGGGAUGCUGGCACGUGCUGUGCGCCACAGUGCAGGUGGUGGUUCCUGCCAUGUUGAGCCUGUGGCUGAUCGGAGCGGGGCAGUUGAGCACCGGAUUGGCGGCGGCGGUGGUGGCGCUGAGCGUGUUUGUGGUAGGGUUGCCGGAGUGGACACAUCUGAUGGCGAAGAGGAUUGCGUUUGGGCAGAUUGUGAUCGUGUACGUGGGUGCUUCUAUCAUUCACGAGGAGGGAGCAGGAGCCUUCAUGCACCUCCUCCACGUGGCAUCUAGUACGGCACUUGGAGCCUUGGCUUCUGUCCUCGCUCUCUUGUUGCCCUACCCUCGCCUAGCGUCCAGCGAGGUAAAUGAAAUAUGGAAGUCCUACGCAGAAAAUGCUUCAGAGAGGUUGAAUCUGUUUUUGGAGGCAUUCUCCGCCCCAGACAAUUCCGCAGCAUUAGACUCAAUUUCUCAGGCCAAGUUCUUUUCUGAAAGGGGAGACAAGCUUCUUCAAACCAUUAGACUCGUGGAGGAUGGCAUUCUGUGGGAGAGACCUUGGACAAGAUUCUUCAAACCCCAUUGCUUCGACCCAGGUGAUAGAUUGCAAGCCAUCGAAAUACCAUUACGAGGGAUGGAGAUUGCUUUAUCUUCUUUCACUUCCUUGCCCACUGCCAUUGCUGAUGACGAGCUCGGAGAUGCUUUACAACGAGUGACUCUGAAUACCAGCCUAAGACUUGAGCAAGCUAAAUGCUCCCAACCUCUUGCUUCAACAACAGUUCCUAACUCGACGGGAAAGUUUUUAGACAAACCCCUUCAGGCCCUUAAAACCAUUUCCCCAGCCCACGCUGCUCCUUCAGCUUUCUUUUUCUUGUCCUGUAUGCAACUCCUCCAAGAUGGCUUGCCCUCCCCUCAAAAUCCUGAGCCCAUAUCGAACAUAGGUCACAAGUCAAACACCGAAGAAUCAAGGAAUUCAAAGAAACCAGUUACAUACAGCUUCAAAAUGAUGUGGAGCAGUUGGAACAUGAGCCUAGCCAGUGGAAGACUGGUUUUUGCAUUCAAAUGUUCACUUUCCCUAGGGCUGGCUGUGCUGUUCGGUUUAAUGUAUAACAAAGAAAAUGCAUAUUGGUCUGGACUCACCAUUGCCAUCAGCUUUGCAACAGGGAGGCAAGCGAUGUUCACAGUUGCAAAUGCUCGAGCACAGGGUACAGCAAUGGGAUCAGUCUUUGGAAUCUUGGGUUGCUUUGUUUUUCAAAGUUCCAUGGUAAUUAGGUUUCUACUUCUUCUCCCUUGGAUAAUUUUCGCUAGUUUUCUAAUGCAUAGUCGGAUGUAUGGCCAAGCUGGUGGGAUUUCAGCAGUUAUAGGUGCACUGUUAAUAUUGGGUAGGAAGAACUAUGGCAGCCCAAGUGAAUUUGCAAUUGCUAGAAUCACAGAGGCUUUCAUUGGAUUAUCUUGUUUCAUCAUGGUAGAGAUUCUCUUACGACCCAGGAGAGCAGCUACUCUGGCAAAAAUUCAACUCUCACAAAGCUUGGCCACCCUUCAAGAGUGCAUCAAAGAAAUGGUCGUGUGUGUAGGUCAGACAGACAGUCCACAUUUUGUUCUUCCAGCAAUGAGAGAAAAGCAAAACAAGCUGAAAAUGAAUGUCAAUGAAUUGAACAAGUUCAUUGGAGAGGCCAAGUUGGAGCCCAAUUUCUGGUUCUUGCCUUUCCAAGGUGCUUGUUAUUCGAAGCUUUGGGAAUCUUUAUCAAAGGUGGAGGAUCUCUUGCUUUUUGUGGCCCACAAUAUUGAUUUCCUCUUACAAGCAUCACAGAAAUUUGAAGUGUCUUGGAAAGAGAUCCAAAAAAAUAUCCACAGUGAUCUAGAACUUUUCAAGGAAACAGUGGCUUCUUCACUCAAAUAUCUUGUAAAGAUCACUUCCAUUGAGUCACUUACAUUACUUGAGAAGGAACUGCAGAAGAAGAUAAUUGCCCAUGACCUUGAACUGGGGAGACCACCAAAUGCACACUGGGUUUGGAGUACAGAUGAUGAGGAGAUAGAAAAAAUUCUCGCUUCUUUUCUUCAGCAUUCAGAGGAGAUAAUCAAUGAAAUCCACACUAACAAAGAUAAGGAGGAGCUCAAGAGCCAGAUGGUUCUUUCUUUGGGUGCCCUAGGGUUUUGCAUGGGUAGUUUGAUGAGGGAAACAAGAAAGAUUGAGAAAGGGAUACAAGAACUAGUUCAAUGGGAGAAUCCCUCAAGCUACAUAGAUUUUUCUGAAAUUUCCUGUAAGAUCAAUGCCCUGUAUGUAUAGUAACCUAGCACCAUGUCCCUCUGAUUGACAACAGAGUGGUGAACUUGUUCAUA